GACAAGAAGGCGAGUGAGAUGGGAUUGGAUAGGAUGAUGGAAGUAUUAGAAGGUGGGUACGAGAUUGAUCCUCCACCUGCUGAUCCUAGUGCUGGACCUCAGGAGGUGGGGUUAGCAGGGAGGGUGUUUGGCGCGUUACGAUCGUUUACAGGGUUUUAGAUGGCGUGUUUAUCUCCUUUGCUUCAUUUGUUAGUCUUUUUUUAUACUUGUUAUUUCCCUCGAGGCUGUUGUGUGUUGUAUCUACCUUGUUGUUGUGCUGCACUUCUCGCGUUGCUUUGGCUGGGGUUGGAUAUACUUUUUAUCUGCAUACUGUCAUUAUCUUUUUUGUCUGUCAUUUUCUUUUGCUGUUUUGCGCUUGUGACUUGCUUGUGACUUACUAUGUUGUUAUCGUGCUGAUAUUGAUAGUAAUGAUGAGGCAGUUUCCUUGCA